GCGUCGUGUGGGUGUGUAGAUCGGGAUAUUUGGACCCUGGGCCUCCAUGCCCGGUCCUCCUCCGGUCCAUCAUGAGCGUCCUGCCACACACAUUGCUCAUCUUGGUACAUCUCCACCUGUUGGACUAUCCUUGAAGGACUCUACGGCAUAUGAUGAACGUCUCUUUGAUCCCACGCGAACCGGCAUACGGGAACGCACGAGGGCCUUGGAGGAUAUCUCCUACUUCCUAGUAGCCAAGAUAGAGGGCGGGAGAGGACGUGCUAGAUCAAUUUUAUCCACAUAUCCAUGUCUACAACCUGCGGAUACUACGGCAUUCCGUAUAUCAUUAGCCAAGUAUCUCGAAACUUUGAGGCACAGUAGUAUGUUCCCUAGUCAUGCGGAUGAUAGACAGAAGGCCACGGAUGAUACGAAGUCGAAGCAAACUAUGACCCCACAAAGGCACGCCUGGUGGUGGCAAGACGUGGUAGUCCGUAAGUCCCUUCUGGAGGAAUGCAGCGGCGACCGUUUCGAACGUUUGCUCCUGGCUCUGUCCAUACACGCGCUCUUCAUCAAUACACCUAGACCACCGGUACCUGGCUCGGUCUCUCAGACAGAAGUGUCGAGGCGUACUGAAGCACUGCAGACCCUGCCGCAAACAUAUGCAUCACUUCUGGAAUCAUCGCUAUCCGCGCGACGUGGAUGGGAACGGACUGCGUCGCGUCUCGUGCGGGAGCAAGAAGAUUUGUCAGUCCUCCGCGAGCGUCUCCUGGACCCGACUGUCACAGCAUCCUCGAAGUUCGACAGUCUGUCAACAGACCGCCUCGUCGGACUCCGGGACUCACGCUUGCAUGAUCUCCUCCGCGCGACGUGGAAGAAUGAGGACGGCCGCCGUGCUCUGCACUUCCUCAUUGACCUAGCAGGGCUGCAGACUUCCUCCGCGCCCAAUGACGCGUCCCGACCUCUCCAGACCCUCGAUGUCGCGCAAGAUAAGGCGGACGUUCAGGUAUGUCCGGUUGCACACAAAAGGUUGUUACGUCCUCCAAAAUAGCGGCCAAUCCUCUCCACUGCAGUAUACACCAUCGACCCCUGUUCCUGCCCCUCCACUACCGAUUGCCGCCGCUCACCACCCGGGGCAUCUAUCCUCUCUCAACGCCCCCCUCUUCUCUCCGCCGAGUAGAACCCUCCCCACUAAUCCGCCUGUUCCCGGAGCGAAUACACGUCCCGGCCAGGAUCCCACAAAAGAUCGUCUCUCAGACCGAGUAGCCUCCAUCCAGCGCACUCAUCAAGCCCUCCUUGAUGCCGCACAACGCCUUGACAACAUCCGCUCAGACCUGGAGCGGCGCCCACACAAGG